CCAGCAUGUGUUAUAUCGGUGAGUCUGGCGAGGAGUUCAGUGAAUGACAGAAGGGACAUGAAUAAAAUGUGUUUGCGGUGGAGAAAUGGCACCAUGCCGGACCUAGUGACUCAUGUAUGUAGCCGUGCGGCUCUCCGAUGAUCAUUUCUGUGUGUUCAGACAGAUAAACGUGUGAAACUCUGCUGAACCAGCAUCAGUGACGUCAUCAUUACUGUAGGGAAAUUGAAGGAAUAAAAAGCUUGUGUGACAUGCAGCGGUUUGUGUGUGCUCAAGUCUUCAGGCAGAUGGCUGCCCUGCUGCACAUCAGACAUGCAUACUGCAGUCACCCCACACAGAUGCUGGAAACCCCAGCCUGGCGGUGCUGGACACUCCUGAGCUCCGGCACACGAUGUCUGAGCUCCUCUAGUGCCGUCUGCUCUCCAGCCUCACGAAAAAACUCCUCCAGAGAUUAUCCGGUUAAUGUAGCUACAGGGCAGGAUGAUCCAGACCCGCUGCAGGACAAAUCAAUUGGCCUCAUCCAGAAGUACAAAAAGACCUUCAAGCAGUAUGGCAAAGUCAUGAUCCCUGUGCACUUGGUGUUGUCUACAGUAUGGUUCAGUACAUUUUACUAUGCUGCAAUGAAAGGAGUAAAUUUGGUGCCAUUUCUUGAGUAUGUUGGAUUUCCUGACAAGGUUGUUAAACUGCUGGAGAAUUCUCAAAGUGGAUAUGCACUGACAGCAUAUGCCAUGUACAAGAUCGCCACACCUGCAAGGUACACUGUGACUUUAGGAGGAACAUCACUCUCUGUGAAGUACCUGAGGAAGCACGGCUACAUGUCCACUCCUCCACCUGUGAAAGAAUACCUGCAGGAGAAGAUGGAGGAGACCAAAGAGAGGAUCUCUGAGAAGAUGGAAGAGACCAAGGAUCGGAUAUCUGUGAGAAUGGAGGAAACGAAAGACAAGUUCACUGAAAAACUUCAAGAAACCAAAGACAAAGUGUCUUUCCGGAAGAAAAAGGAAUAGGUUUAUAAUGCCUCAUGAAGGGGCUAUUAUGACUUACGAGAGGUCAGAAUGUGAGUGUUGCACUAAAGAUUAUCUGACACCACCAAUAAUGUUAUGAAGAUUCACAUGAUUUUAUUUAACAAUAUAAUUCACUUUAAAGGGAAAUGAAAAUUCUGUCUUUUUACUCAUGAGAAACAUCAUGAAUUCUGUCUUAAGAAUAAAUAAAUAUCUAAAGUAGGCUCAUAGCUUUACAGUUAUAAUAGGCACAUAACAGGUUAAGCUAUCGCAAGAUGGUAAAAUCAUAGUUCAUUAAGAUUAUAGUUUCUCCACGACUAGAUAUAAAAUAUUACAGCACAUCAAAAGCAUAUAAGUCCGCUGAAAGCUGUUGGACUCUACAUGAACUAUAUAUUUUUUUUAAAGGAUGAGAGUAUGUUUUUCUAAAGAGGACAUGGUGUAAUUUGUCCAAUAUUAUAAAUGUCCACAUGUGAGGCCUGUUAUUGUAUAGCAGUAAUGCUCCAUUCAUAGCACUGCUUUGUUCAUUUCUUACAGUGGCAAUUUAAAUUAUAUUUCAACUAAAAAACAGCACUUGAACUAGUCACAUAGAUGUGUUACUGAAGAUAAAAUUAUCAUGUUACAAAAUUCUGAUUAUUAAUUGGGUAUUAUGCAAAACAGUUCAUCACAAAGCUGCAGAUUUACAUGUAAUGCAGAUAGCUAAUGUACCGAACUGAAAAAUACAGAAAGAGAGAAACUUUAAUUCACAAAUAGUCUUGUGUCAUUCUGCAAAUCAAACGAAAUCCAAGAACGAACAACCAUUUUGCAUCCUUUUUGGAAGUCACCAAAAGUUCCUGCCAUGAUGUCAGAUAUUUAACUUAUAUGAUGAUCUUUUGAAUUGUUGUUUUUCAGUAAUUAAUGUCCAUGCACUACCUGUCAUACACACCUACAGGUUCUAUGUUUGCUUUAGUUUUGCAUAGUGAGAAAUAGGGUUGCCACUUUUUAAGUUUUAAAAUAAGGGAGGGGGGGGUCACGGUCACGGUCCUAACCACAUCCUCCACAGUUUUAGCAAUAAAUGCGUUAAUAUGCGUUAUUAAUAAAAAUUGUAUAUCCUUUCUUAUAUGCUAAAAUUAGAAUUUUCCUGACCCAUGACUUAUUUAUAAAAAAUAAUAAUAAAAAAAACAUUUAUAUGUUAAAGAUAUAUUUAUUUUUAUUUUUUCGAUUAUUUGUCUUAAUAAUGUAUACAUUUUGGAUGGUUUAUAUAUAUAUAUAUAUAUAUAUAUAUAUAUAUAUAUAUAUAUAUAUAUAUAUAUAUAUACAAAAUGUAUCUUUUUUUUUUUUUUAAUUUGUAUUUUAUUUUUUUCCUUCACCUGUACUUGUCUUUAUGAUUGUAUUCAUACAUUGUCUGAUCUUAUUGAACAUUUUUAUAGAAAAAAAACUCCACCGUUUAACCACCAUUUGUGGACUUUACAGACGGUCCCUUACCACACCCUCCACAGUAUCAGCACGUUUUAGCACAAUGUGUGGACAUUUCAGACGGUCCCUUACUCACCGUAGGCACAUUUUUCAACUUACAACAAUGUUAAAUUAGCGAUCUGGAACGAUUUCACCGUGAGGGCAUCUGACCAGCUUAAAUACGGGACAAAUCGCGUCCCAUCAUUUUAUCUUUAAAUACGGAACGGGUGAGAAAUGAGGUUUCAUCCUUUAACUGAUUAUUGAACCGCUGAUGAAAUGUUUCUGCUGGUCAAGCACUUGGACUGUCUGCUUUGUCUGUUAAUGUUCAUAUGGAUGUUAUGGUUAUGAGGCGAGGCUGCAUCUGUUGUUUUGUCAGUUAACUGAAGGAUGCACCAUGAUGUGAUUACACCUGUCUGUCCACACGAACAAUAAAGACAUAAAAAAUAAA